UAAAAGUUCCUACAGCGACUGCGCAAAGUGCUAUUGCUCCGCCUAUCACAUGAAUUUGCAUCUGUCAACAAAUACAACAUGGAAACAUUGUAAGCGUGAUUAGAAACAAGCACGUGUCAUCGGUUAUCAUAUCGUUUAAAUUGAGAGCCUGUUAUGGAAUAGUGCAAGUGCCAACAGGACCUUGGUUUUGUAGAAAAUGUGAAUCUCAAGAAAGAAGCGCUAGAGUUUUUGCGCCUUCGGAUUUGUACUGCUAAAUUGCUGUCAAGAAAAAUAAAGGUGGAAUUUAAAAAGAAUAAUCAGAAAAGGGAGAGAAAUAUUCAAAAUCAUUUACAGACUUCCUCAAUACACUGGCUCUACAUAUCUCAACGGCUGAUUUUUUGUUGUGUUGCUCUGAUUCCUGUUAUCUGUGUACAAAUGACAGUAAAUUUUGAUGUUGCUAUUCAAUCAUGAGAAAUAAAAGAAAGAGAUGUGAACUUUGUCCUUCGAAGGAUGGUGCGCUAAAACGAACAGACAGUGGAGGUUGGGCUCAUGUUGUUUGCGCGCUCUACAUACCCGAAGUACGUUUUGGAAAUGUCACAACGAUGGAGCCUAUUAUUUUACAGUUGGUCCCUCAAGAUAGAUACAACAAGUUGUGUUAUAUUUGUGAAGACCAAGGUAAGGAGUCGAAAGCAUGCGUUGGAGCCUGCAUGCAAUGUAAUAAAUCUGGCUGUAAGCAAUAUUUUCAUGUCACCUGUGCUCAAGCAGCUGGGCUGUUGUGUGAAGAAGCUGGGAACUAUGAAGAUAAUGUGAAAUAUUGUGGAUAUUGUAUAUACCAUUAUCAGAAGCUGGUAAGUAGCCAACCUGUUAAUUGCCGGUUAAAAUUGCGGAAGGAUAGCCAUAUUAAAAUAAUACCAGCUUUUAAGCCGAUCCCUGCCGACAAUGCUACUCCUGAACCUAGUCCUGAAAAACUGUCUCCUGGUUAUUUAAAAGAGAAAGGUCGUGCCAAGAGUGAAAGAAGGGCAAAACAGGCAGCAUAUGCUAGUAAUUCAGUUGUGAGCAAUAGUGACUUGUCUAACUCUGUGAACAUUGAUCAGGACUUGAGUGAUAGCAGUGCAAGCACUAUCAGCAAUACUAGUUUAAACAAUGGAACUGUGCUUGUUGCACCAGAGUGUAGCAAAUCUGAGUCUAAGUUCAAAAAGGGUGACAUUAUUCAUUCCAAUAGUAAUAGUUGCAAUAGUAAAAUGAAUAAUAUUAAUUUAAAAGACUCAACCUCUACACCAUCUCAAAGUCCUGCUUACGGGAGCCCUAAACCAGGAAAGAAAAAAUCCAAGGAUUCGAGUAUAUCUGGUUUGAGCAAGAAAAGUCCACCGAAUCAUAAAGAUUGUAUUGUUGAGGUGACUGAUAUUAGUUCUACGCCUUCUUUUACUAGCAUGUAUGAAACAUUCAUUGCUAAAGAAGCAGAAAAUAAUCAGUCAACUUCUGAGAAAAAAAGGAGUGCAGAUUGUUCAGAUGAGCCAGAGAAAAAGAAAUCAAAACAUUCCAGGAGUAAGUCAAAGAAAGAACAGUCUCUGAAAAGUCUUAUCGAAGCAAAUAUUCCUCCAGAGAAAACAAAUCCCCAUAUUCCCAUUGUGAGGAUUAAGAGAAAAUUUAAUCAUGAUACUUCAACAAGCGUGCACUCAGUUGAGGAAGUUUCUAUUGAUGAACCUAAAAGUUAUGAAGCAAUAAUUGCUAAAACUGAGCCGGAGCCUGAACCUGAAGUGCGAGAAAGAACUCCUAGCCCUAAGCCAACUUGUUCAAAACAGCUUCCUGAUGAUCAAAUUGAAGGGGAAGGUCUUCCAUUUAUUGAUGCACCUAUAAAUAAUAUUGAUAUAAAAAUGGAGCAUCCUUACCAAGAGAAUCUUGAUGUUCCUUCAGAAACUUUUACAAUGCCAAUGCCAGAUACUCUAAAUCUGAUGGACAGAAUGACUAAGCAAAUGCAAAAUUCAGAUUUUUCUGAAGAAAGUUUAAAACCUCCUUCUACACUAGAGGAGCUGUUAGAAAAACAGUGGGUUCAAACUUCCAAUUUUCUUCUUGGACAGGCUCAACAUUUUGACAUUGCGUCCAUGAUAUCAUGCCUUUAUGAAAUAAAAAAUGAAAAUAUGAAGAUGGAAAAGCAAAUAUCUGACUUAGUUAAUCGCCGAGAUUCAUUGCUUGCAAUAAAUGCGCGUCUGAAAGUGCUUCCUGGUACAGAGAAUGCUGCAAGUUGUAGUAAUUUGCCAUACUCUGCACUUAAUGUAAUGCAUGCCAAACCAGUCUCUCCAAGUAAUGUUCAUCAUGCAACAGCUGGCUAUUCUGGUUACAUGUCCUAUGAUAAUGGGAUGGUCCAUAGUACACAGGAUUAUGGUUGCCAUAAAAGUCCUAUUCCUGGCCAUAGUCCUGUGGCAACUGUUGGAUCUAGUAGUUUACCUCUUACACCAAGUCCAAUACCUUGUAGUCCCAUUCCAAAAUCAGAUGUUUAUCCUCAUCUGUCUGCUUACAAUCAUGAUUCUAGUCCCCUCAGCCAUGUUCCCAUAGUGACCAGUGCUACAUCACAACCUGGUCAUUUAUAUGGUCCAUCUGCUACAAUCUCUAAUCCAUUGCUCAUGCCUGAUGCUAGUUCAUAUAAUUCUUUAGCCUGCCAUAAUGGUACUGCUGAUGACAUCAGUUUGUCAUUGAUGCAGCAGAAUGAUGAUGAACCUUCAACUGCAGUUUACCAAACUAUAUCACCGCCCUUCAGCAAUCCUGAAAUUACAAACUCUCCUCAUGCCUCAGAUCAUCCAGUUUGUAACAACAUUGUAUUUCAUCAGAAUUUUGAAAACGCUCUUCAGAAUGCCAACAACAGCAUGGAAGAAGACAGAUGACUACGGUUAUGUUACUAAUGAUGUGGACGCAUUGUACAGGCUGUUUUACGAUUAGUAUUUAGACAUCUAAAAAUCAAUAUUGAAUAUUUGUAGAUCACUCCUUUUGGGUUUGCUUUUCUUUAUUAUCUUUUAAUUUUAAAUAGUUAUGUAAUAAUAGCAAUUAAUAGCUUCUAUUUUUUGCCAUUCAUGUUUUAUUUGCAAAGAUAUCUACUACAGGGUGUGUAGUGUUUUUAAAAAGUGCUUUAAGGUACUUAUUUUUGAUUUACCUAAUUUAAAAGCCCUUAAAGGUACUUUUUUUUUUAUUCGUUGUUUGUAAAAA